AUGCCACUCCUGCUCCCACCAGCGGCGUGCAUCACCGCAGCGACCGCGCCGGCGCCGGCGCCGGCGCCGGCGUCGCUCGCGUUCUCGCGGCCCCGGCCGUCACGGGCGCGUUGGUCCAGCCUCUCUUUCGCGUUCCCCCGCCUGAGGAAAUACGGGCGCCGCCACCGCGAGCCCGUGGCCGCCCCCACCCUCGAUGACGAGGAGGAGGAGGAGGAGACGGGGGCAGGGGAGUGGGAGUCCGACGACGGCGAGGAAGAGAUGGAGGUAGACGAGGAGGAGUUUCUGGCGACGCGGCCCAAGCCUUCUGGAUUUGGUGAGGGCAAAACAUAUUCCACUGACAUUGAGGAGCAGCUUCUCCAGGAGAUGGGCUUCGGCGGGGGCGGGGCGCGGCGUCGAGUAGAGGCGGCCCCGGCCAAUCGCCGCGCCGGGGAUAGUUCCACCAAUGUAACGGCCGCAGAUGCCAGUGACGAUGGUGUUCAAGUUCGUGUCUGGAACCUCCCAAAAAAGAAAAACAUACACAAGGAUCUGAAGCAAGCUUUUAAAGGGUUCCGUGGCCUUUUAUCUAUAGAUCCAGCAGUUUCCGCAAAUAAGAAAACUCGUGAUCCUAUCUGUAAGGGUUUCGCAUAUCUCAAACUAGAGUCUGCGGAAGCUGCAACAAGGUUCGUUGAGAUAUACUCUCAUCAAACCGUGUCAUUUGGCAAGGUUCAGAAGCCAAUCAGUUGCUGUAUCGUCGAUAAAGGCAGCUCUGCUGAGCCUUCAAAAGCAUCCAGUAGUCAGGCAACCCCUCAACCAAUGUUGAAGCAUCAAAAAUUGGUAGCGGCAAGUUAA